AUCAGUCAGUGUCAAAUAAAAAGUAAGAGUACAUCAAUGAUAUACGUAUAAUCAGUGUUUUAGUUUAGUAGCACAGUAGGCACUAUAAACGAAGCAGUCGUAUGCUAUCAGAGGCAAUUUCAUUUUAUUUUAUUUAUCUGAUGGACACAAUAAUCUAACGAGCUCAGUGUGGGUGAAUGAUUCAAUAGCUAGACUCAUAAUAAGUGUUUGUGUUUUUAUGGGUCAGAUAAUAACAAUACUUUGAAUAUUUGCUAGAAAUCUUGAAUUAUUAUAUGGUGAAAUCUUUAUUAAAUAGUAAAUAUGUCAGCGACUAAAAGCGAUUUAUUUGUGCCGAUUAAAAUUGAUGAAAAUGACCUGUAUACGGGGGUUUUAAAAUUACUUGGACACAUAAGGCCCAAUUGGAUUCAAGAAAAUGUAAAACUAAAGACCUUAACAGAUGGAAUAACAAAUAAGUUAGUCUCUUGUCAGUAUGGGGACACCUUUGAUAACAAAGGUAUCCUCCUUGUACGCAUCUAUGGCAAUAAAACUGACUUGUUUAUUGAUCGGACUGCUGAAAUCAGGAACAUCAAAAGACUAAAUGUUCUUGGCAUGGCACCUCAGAUUUAUGCCAUAUUUGAAAACGGACUUGCUUAUCAAUACUACCCUGGGAAAACUUUAGACACUUCAUCAGUAAUUCACGAAACAAUUUGGCCCCUUGUAGCAACACAGAUGGCAAAAAUGCACAGAGUUGAAUUAGGAAAAGAUGUGCCAAAAGAACCAUUUGUUUGGAGCAAAAUUGAACAAUUUCUAGACUUGUUACCAGAUCCAUACAGUUCAGAGGAGAAACAAACCAGAUUUCAGAACAAGUUUAAUUCGAAAAAUAGCCUGAAAAAGGAGUACGACCUGCUUAAGUCGCACUUGACAAAAUCCAAGAGCCCCAUAGUAUUUGCUCACAAUGAUUUACUUCUUGGAAAUGUUAUUUACAAUGAAGAUGAAAGGACUAUAUCUUUUAUCGAUUACGAAUACGCAGCUUACUGUUACCAGGCUUUCGAUAUAGCGAAUCACUUUAAUGAAUUUGCUGGUCUCUCUAUAGAUGAUGUGGAUUAUCGUAGAUACCCUGACGAAGAUUUUCAGAUGCAGUGGCUCAAAGUUUACCUUGCUACUUACACGAACACUGCUCAUCCGUGUGAAAAUCAUUUGAGACAACUUUAUACAGAAGUGAAUCAAACGACAAUUCUUUCACAUUUUCUUUGGGGAAUAUGGGCGCUUGUUCAAUAUGAACAUUCGAAUAUAGAUUUUGAUUUUGGGAGGUAUGCUGAAAUAAGAUUGGACAGAUAUUUCGAAUUAAAGGACAACAUCUUCAAGCAACUGAGCUAAUCUUAUUUUUAUUCUACAUGUACAACACCAUACCAAAAUACACAGUAGAAUUUAUUUAAGAUUGAUGAACUAUUGUUAAGUCAAGUACAACUUAUUGAAGUACCUUGUAAAAAUAUUAUUUUUGUUCGUGUCGCUAAGCGACUUAUCAUGUUGCUAAUAUUAUGAUAACAUUCCAAA